AGUUGCUCGUACUAUAAAAGCAAAGGGCCAUAAAUUGUGAAAGAGAAAAACAACAGUAUAGAUUGCUAACUUCAGCGUAGAUAUUUGACAUUUUUAAAUUGAUCGAGGAAUACAUCGGGUCCGUUUUAUAGAAUUUUAAAAACCCCUUGAAAACAAUGGUAUAACAAAUGUGAAAUUAUGAAAAUGUGUAGAUUAGAAUAAUUAUUGUGCUUCAAUAUAAAGAUUAAAGUUAGUAGUGGUUUUUGUUAAAAUCCUUGCAAAAUGGAAACCCAGUACUUAACCAAGGAACACCUAAUUGGAUUUGAUAAUUACAAGUACAAUUGUAUUGACACUGGUAUAUUAAGUAUAUAUGUUAUGCAUCCCUUUUGGAAUUGGGUAGUUCAGUUCUGUCCUAGAUCAAUAGCUCCCAAUUUACUAACAUUUACUGGAUUUCUGUUUACUGUGGUAACGUAUAUAUAUUUCGCUGUGGUCGACUAUAACUUCUACGCUUCGGAUCCAGAUCAUCCAGAGGUAGAAUCACUUGGAAAAUGGCCUUUUAUGAUUGCAGCAAUAUUAUUAUUCAUCGCUUACACGUUAGAUGGUAUAGAUGGAAAACAAGCUAGAAAAACUGGUACCAGUGGCCCGUUAGGGGAAUUGUUUGACCAUGGAUUGGAUUCUUAUACAGCUGGUCUCAUUCCUGGAGCAAUGUAUUCCAUUUUUAGCCGCGGCUCCAGAUAUAGUAUAGUUCCUUUCAGAAUGUUUUUUACCAUGUGGAAUGUUAUGAUGAAUUUUUAUAUGACUCAUUUUGAAAAAUACAAUACCGGAGUGAUGUUCUUGCCUUGGGGAUACGAUUUCUCUAUGUGGGGAACAAUAAUAACAUUUCUAAUAGCGGGGAUUUUUGGGGCCGAAUUUUGGCAGUUUCAAAUAGGCAAUUGGACAGCUGGAAACAUGUUAGAGAUGCUCCUCUAUAUUUCUUCUCUAAUAUCAAAUGUACCUGUAAUAUCAUACAAUAUUUACUUGUCUUACAAAAAUAAAACUGGAAAAAUGAGACCAUUCACUGAUGCUGUUCGACCGCUCAUGUCCGUAGGGGCAUUCUUCUCUAUAACGCUUCUGUGGGUUUUAUACUCUCCCAGCAAUAUUGUUGAAACAGAUCCUAGAGCAUUAUUUUUUCUUUUGGGAACCGUUUUUUCAAAUAUAUCUUGUCGAUUGAUCGUCGCUCAAAUGAGUAAUACAACCUGUGAUGCUUUCAAUUUACUCCUGAUUCCCACUUUCGUUGUAACAGCAGUGUCAAUUUUAACCCAGUGGUCGCAUUUGGAACUACUAUUAUUAUAUUGCUUGUGUGUAGUUACGUCGGUGGCUCAUAUACAUUAUGGAACGUGUGUGGUGAGACAAAUGUGUCGACACUUUAAGGUCAACUGUUUCACGAUAAAAAAACAGUCUGAUUGACUAUUGAUCGACAACGCAUGAUUGGAAUCAAGUGUUGUCUCUCGGAUGUGCAACAAACAUUAGGUGUUGUUUUUUUUUUCAAACAUUAUUAUUUAAUUAAAUUUGAGUGUAUCGAAUGACCUAGUCUUUGUAUUUGGCCAUAGUCAAUAGUCGAGCUGCAGACCAGACUACAAAAACAUACCCGAUGAUGAACAAUUAUAAUGUAAUUUAAAUCUUCGUAAUAUAUGGCCAGUUAACUAAU